AUGAAUUCUACACCUGCUGACGACGAGGACUACUCCUCUUCGGACGAAAGUCAGGAGGAUGAAAGCGACUACUGCAAAGGUGGGUAUCAUCCUGUGCAGAUCAGCGACAUGUACAAUGAGCGUUACGUUGUCGUUCGCAAGCUCGGCUGGGGUCACUUUUCCACCGUUUGGCUCGCUUGGGAUGUCCGAGGGAAAACCCACGUUGCCAUCAAGGUUGUAAAAAGUGAUGAACGGUAUACCGAAGCAGCUGCUGACGAAAUUCAGCUUCUUGAGAAGGUGCGUAGUCUGAAGGGAGCGCAGUCGUCCGAAUAUGUCAUGCAGAUGACUGAUUCCUUCCGGCUCUUUGGGCCGAACGGAACCCAUUAUUGCAUGGUCUUUGAGGUACUCGGUAACAAUCUACUAAAGCUAAUAUCACGUCAUGAAUACCAGGGUCUGCCCAUUAUCUGUGUCAAGCGCAUUAUCAAGCAGGUGCUUCUUGGCCUCGAGUUUUUACAUGAUAAAUGUCACAUCAUACAUACAGACAUAAAGCCAGAGAACGUUCUGCUUUGCGUUGACCGCAAGCAUGUUCAAACCUUAGCGAAGCUCCCGCUGAAUCGUCGGUCAGAUGUGAGCGCUAUUUCCAAAGUUGACCCUUUCCUAGACUUUCGUGGCGCUGCUGCCAACUCCUCAGAUGCAGCAGAUGGCAAGAUGACGAAGAACCAGAAAAAGAAGCUGAAGAAGAAACAGAAGAAGGCUGCUGCAGCUGCCAGUACCACUUCCAAGCCUGAAGAGGCUCCGUCAGAAAGCGCUGAGGCAGAAAAGUCUGUCACUGAAGCGGCUGACCCUGCGACCGAUACAAACACUCCAGCAGCAGGAUCAGAAGUGGACGGUGGUGUAGUGUCCACAGCGGGAGCUGUCAGCAACUGCGAGGACUCGUCAUCGACAGCUACCCCGGGCUUGAAUGGUGAUCGCGGUGACAGUGUGGUGGCUGGCGGGAACGACACUUCAUCGUGUGCAGUGGCAGGGGCACGUGCUGCUGCUGCGGGCAUGGCAGCUCCCGAAGCUAAUGCUACCACGGCUGCUGCCACGACUGGUACGGCUGCGGGCGAUUGCACACUGUUCAAGUCCAGCCCCAAUGCACUGCGAGCAGAUGUGACUGUGGCGUCGGAGGGCAUGGCAUCGACCGGUGGCUGUUCCACGAAUAGCAGUCGAGGCGAGGAGCAGCGUGCUAUCCAGGCAGACACGUGCGCUGCCCCUGAUGCUGAUGGUGAUGGUGUCGAUGACUCGGCUUCUGCAGCCGAUGGCACGUCGCGGGAUAGCAGUGUGGAGCCAGUAGCACCUGCAGAUGACAUGGAAGCUUAUAUGGAUGAUGUUGAUAAUAUUUCAGUGAAGAUUGCCGACCUGGGCAAUGCCUGUUGGACGGUUCGUCCGCCUCACCAGUUUCCCUCAAUCCUGAUUCUGGUUCCUGGCCGAAAAUUUGAUUGA